CUAAAAAGCUGCUUUUUGUGCUGGGAACAGAAGUUGUGAAUUCUCCAAGGCCGGUGACGUAAUUUCCACGGUAGGAGGAAACAACAGGUCUUGCGGUUCGCAUCCUCUUACUUUAUAUAUAGUUUAGUGCUCAAUUAGUGUGGAAGAGAGCCGGACAUGCUUUUCGCCGCUGUGCUCGUCGCCUUCGCCGCGCAAACCUCGGCCCAGCUCUUCAAUGGAGACGCUUGUUCGACCUACUUUGGAGUGCCGGGCACGUGCUCGCCUUUGCAGAACUGCCCUUCUGCUCUGCAGGACCUGCGUGCGGGUCGUCGCCCUCGAAUCUGCAGUUUCCAGUUGAAUCAGCCUGUCAUCUGCUGUCCUGGACAGAGGGGACAACCGCAGAAUAAGCCAGGAGCCCAGCGGCCGACGCGGCCUCCAGUGACCACCACGGCCAAGCCAUUUAAUUUGCCACCUUCAGCGCUGAGUACCAAGAGCGAAACAAAGUGCCGUGAGUAUGCAAAAAGCGUGUACAUGCUGCAAGCACCUCCAACGCUCGCAGUUGAUGACGACAUUCAGUACAUCAACAUAUCAACGUGCGCGGUCAUCGCCACACCACUCGUGGUUGGCGGAGAGCCCGCCGCCCUCAAGGAGUUUCCGCAUAUGGCCCUUCUCGGCUACGGCUCUGACACCGAUCCUGCGUGGUACUGUGGCGGCUCCUUGAUCAGCGAGCGGUUUGUCCUGACUGCAGCGCAUUGCGUCUCCAGUCGAGACGAAGGACCCGUGCGGGUCGUCCGACUCGGCGAUUUGGAGAUUUCCAAUGACCAGGACGGCGCGAGGCCGCAGAUGAUUCCGGUGGCCGAGCGCAUUCAACACCCCGAGUACAAACUACCUGGAAGGUACAACGACAUCGCCCUGCUGCGCCUGGCCAGGGACGCCACGUUUGAUGCCUUCGUGCGGCCAGCCUGUCUUCACAGGGUAAAACAGUUGCCUGGACCGGGCGAACAGAUCAAGUUCAUCGCCACUGGCUGGGGCAGAGUUGGAUACUCGGAGGAUACGAGUGACAGACUGCUGAAGGUCUCCCUGAGUCCGAUCGAACACCCAGUCUGCAACCAGACGUACAAGACUGAAGCCACCACUAGCAAACUGAGACGCGGCAUUGACGACGAUUCAAUGGUGUGCGCUGGCGAGUUGCAAGGAGGCAAAGACACUUGCCAGGGCGACUCUGGCGGGCCUCUGCAGUUUGUGAGGAAAGAUCCUUACUGCAUGUACAGUGUGGUUGGUGUGACGUCUUUUGGCAAGUUCUGCGGAUACAGUAACAGCCCAGCCGUGUACACAAGAGUGUCCAAUUAUAUUAGCUGGAUUGAAAGAAUUGUUUGGCCAAACUGACGAAUUAUAAUUUAGUGCAUGUGACCACAGAAUCGCGCAAAAACUGACAGGGCGUGCAGAAAACUAUUGCUAUAAUUAAAUUGAAGCAAGAGAGACCCUUCUUUUUAAGUUAUUCACCCAGGGAAAUAUGGUAAAAAAUCCAGGAAAAUUUAAUUUUAAAUUACAGUAAACCCCAAAAUACGGUUGAAUAUUGGUCUACUUGCUUUAGGUUUUCCCUGCUGAGCGAGCUCUGGAUGAGCCUUUGCAAUCUCAAGAGGCAAAAUUUAUCAAACUUAUUAAUGCAUUUAUAAUAAUUUUUUAAUAACAGUACAUUCUGCAUGCUUGACUUCGCGUUUCUUGCCAUUCAAUAAUAAAAUUGUGGAUGUUUGUAGCAAGUUAGCUAUUUGAACAUGUAAUUAGGGAUUUAACGAAACCUUAAUUCCUGAGAGGAAAAAUCCCUUUAUUAGAAGUUAGAUAAUUAGAGAUGACGGAAUAAUAGUAAAAUAAAAUAAAAUAAUAGUAAAAAUAAGGUCUGAAUAAAAUUCAUUGUUUCAUGA